CUCCUCUUCUGGCCAUGUGGGAAUCUUCCUGGAGGAGGAGGAGUGAGUGGGUGAGCCUUGCAAGGCUUGUGGAGGAGGAGAGAGUGUGCCUUCCCAAGAGGGAGAUGGCUCUUCUGCCCAGGCUGGAGCCUGGCUGCAAGGACACAGGGCAGGUGGGAAAGCAAGAAGCCUUAGACCCUGAGCCAAGCACGGACCCUCCUGCCUUUCCUGCUGGGAAUGGAGGGCAAUUCUGGGAAGGAGGCCUUUUGGGGAAGGGUCCGCGGGGAGACAGCCCACCUUCAGGGGCAGCGCCAAGCCAGAGCUUCAGGCAGUUCAACUACAAGGAGACUUUGGGGCCCCGAGAGGUUUGCAGCCGCCUCCACUCUCUCUGCCGCCUGUGGCUGAAGCCUGAGGAACAUACCAAGGCGGAGAUGCUGGACCUGGUGCUCCUGGAGCAGUUCCAGGCCGUCCUUCCUGCGGAGAUGGAGCGCUGGGUGAGGGAAUGUGGGGCAGAGACCAGUUCCCAGGCCGUGGCUUUGGCUGAAGGAUUCCUCCUGAGUCGGGAACAAGAGGAGACGGAGAAGGAGCAACAGGCGGCUGACUUGUGGGCAGAAGUGGCCACUGCGUUGGAAAGGCCUCCCUCCACCUGCAGCCGGAUACUGGAUUGUGCCAAACAAAGGGAACCUCCCAGGUCCACAAGAGGGGAAUCAGAACCAACACAUACUGGCUUCCCUCUUCCUUUUGAUGUACUCAGCACACCUUCUGUGACACCAGAUCAGGUGACCUUCCAAGAGGUGGCCGUGUCUUUCAGUGAGGAGGAGUGGGCCCUGCUGGAUCCAGACCAAAGGGCCUUGCAUCAACAAGUCAUGAAGGAAAAUUUGGAGACUGUGUCCUCUCUAACAACUCACAGAGAAGGGGAAUCAUCUCAAUACCGGGACUGUGGAGAGAAGAAGGAGCUGUGCCUCUCUGGUCAGCAAGCAACAUACACUAAGAGGAAGCCCUUUAAGUGCUUGGAGUGUGGAAAAUGUUUAAGUCAUAAGAAUAGCUUUGUUCGUCAUCAAGCAAUGCACACUGGAGAGAAAAGGUUCAAAUGCUUGGAGUGUGGAAAGGGCUUCUUUCACAAGCUAAGCUUCACCUAUCAUCAAGCCACUCAUACUGGGGAGAAGCCAUUUAAAUGCUUGGAGUGUGGAAAGGGCUUCAUUCACAAGAUAAACCUAACUUAUCAUGAAGCAAUUCAUACUGGGGAGAAGCCAUUUAAAUGCUUGGAGUGUGGAAAGGGCUUCAUUCGGAGGAUAAAGCUGACUCGUCACGAAGCAAUUCAUACUGGGGAGAAGCCAUAUACAUGCUUGGAGUGUGGAAAGGGCUUCAUUCACAAGAUAAGCCUGACUCGUCAUUUAGCAAUUCAUACUGUGGAGAAGCCAUUUAAAUGCUCGGAGUGUGGAAAUAGUUUCACUCAGAAGACAGCCCUCACCUCUCAUCAGGCUACUCAUACAGGGGAGAAGCCAUUUACAUGCUUGGAGUGUGGAAAAGGCUUCAUUCGGAGGAUGCACCUGACUUGUCAUGAAGCAAUUCAUACUGGGGAAAAGCCAUUUACAUGCUUGGAGUGUGGAAAGAGUUUCACUAAGAAGAUAAGCCUCACCUGUCAUCAAGCUACUCAUACUGGGGAGAAGGCAUUUAAAUGCUUGGAGUGUGGAAAAGGCUUCAUUCAGAAGAUAGCCCUCACCUAUCAUCAGGCUACUCAUACUGGGGAGAAGCCUUUUACAUGCUUGGAGUGUGGAAAGGGCUUCUUUUACAAGACAAACUUGACUCGUCAUCAAGCUACUCAUACUGGGGAGAAGCCAUUUACAUGUUUGGAGUGUGGGAAGUGUUUCUCUCAGAAAACAAACCUCACCUCUCAUCAAGUUAUUCAUACUGGGGAAAAGCCAUUUAAAUGCUUGGAGUGUGGAAAGAGCUACACUCAGAAGAAAGGCCUCACCUCUCAUCAAGCUACUCAUACUGGGGAGAAGCCGUUUACAUGCUUGGAGUGUGGAAGAUCUUUUACAGAGAAAGGACGUCUAAUUGUUCAUCAAGCAACACACUCUGGGCAAAAACCAUUCAAAUGCUUGGAUUGUGGGAAGUGCUUCACACAUAAUUCAAGCCUCAAACGACAUCAAAGAAUCCACACAGGGGAAAAACCAUUUUAAUGCUUGGAGUGCAGAAAGAGCUUCAAUGCAAAGGAAUGCCUUGCCUCUCACCAGAACAUUCACACAGGGAAGAAACCCUUUCAAUGCUUGGAGUGUGAAAGCUCUUUUACAGAUGAACGAGGUCUAAUUGCUCAUCAAGCAACACAUUCUGGGGGGAACCAUUCAAAUGCUUGGAUUGUGGGAAGGGCUUCGCUCGGAAGGCAAUCCUCAGACAACAUAAAAGAAUCCACUCUGGUGAAAAAGCAUUUCAGUGUUUGGAGUGUGGAAGAUGUUUCAGAUUGAAGCAAAGCCUACAUCUUCAUCAAGGGAAACACGUGGGGGAAAGAACCCUUGAAAUGUCUGGAGUGGAGAAAGAGCUUUUGCCAAAGAAACACCUAGGCCCUCUUAACUUUUCUGUUUAGUUAUGUUGUUUCAAUAAAGUCUUUGUAAGCUUUAA